CUCAGCCUGAUCUACAAUGAACCACUUUCCAUAAGGUGUUACAUGACCUCUAUGAACCAUCUGUCCUUAAAAAAUACAGGAAGCCCUCAGGAACCACAAGAAAGUGUAAAACGAGGCAGAGAAGAUGAAGUUAUGACAGAGUUGGUGCGUGACUUUUUAGACCCUGCCCAGUUCUACCAAGCAGUGAAAAAUAUUGGGGUAGACUUCUUCUGUGGUGUGCCAGAUUCACUGCUCAAAGAUUUUUGUGCCUAUGUAACAGCCAAUACAUCCAAGGAGCACCACAUCAUCACUGCUAAUGAGGGUAAUGCUGUGGCAUUGGCGGCUGGCUACCACCUAGCUACUGGGAAGUAUGGCAUGGUAUAUCUACAGAAUUCCGGGUUAGGCAACAUAGUCAGCCCAGUGCUAUCUCUGGCUGUGCCUGAAGUCUACUCUGUUCCUCUGUUACUACUGAUAGGCUGGAGAGGAGAGCCAGGCAAGAAAGAUGAACCCCAGCACCAAGUGCAAGGCAAAGCCUCACAGAAGACCCUGGAUGCAAUAGGAGUGCCAUAUUCCAUACUGCCAGAUUACAUAGAGGGGGCACAGCAGGUCUUGUCUUCAGCUAAGCAACAUUUAGAGACAGUUAAAGGACCAUAUGCCUUGCUGGUUAAAAGACAAACAUUCCUGCCAUAUAAGCUUCCACCAGAUGCAUCAGAUAUAUUCCCACUGAACAGGGAGGAGGCACUGAAGGUAAUAGUGAAUGCGUUAGGUGAGAUGGAUGUGACAGUGGGCACAACAGGGAUGCUGUCCAGAGAGCUUUUUGAAUACAGAGAAGCUAAACAUCAAGGUCAUGGAAGGGAUUUUUUGACAGUUGGUUCUAUGGGACAUGCCUCUGCAAUAGCACUUGGAAUUGCAGUGAACAAACCUGAGAGACAGGUCUAUUGCCUGGAUGGUGAUGGUGCUGCCAUCAUGCAUAUGGGCACCAUGGCUACUAUAGGCCAAAAUGGUACGACCAAUCUGAAGCAUAUCAUCAUCAAUAACGGAGCACACGAUUCUGUGGGGGGUCAACCAACUGAUGCUGGCCACCAUGACACCUUCUUCUUUACACAGAUUGCCAAAGGAUGUGGCUAUAAGGAGGCCUGGGUUGCAACAUCAGAGGAUGAUAUCAGAAGUGGAAUUUUGAAGAUGAAAGACAUGGCUGGCCCUGUAUUGAUGGAAGUUAAAGUGAACAAAGGAGCAAGGAAAAAUCUUGGUAGACCCACUACUACACCACUGGAAAAUAAGAAAGAAUUUAUGGCUAAUUUAGAAAAGCCCUCAUAAGCCAAUAUACUAGUAUGUUAAGAUGUCUUCCUGUACACUCAUUAGUAUUUUUCUAGAGUAUUAAAGUUCCCAAACUGUUCUUCCUCCUUUUUUUUCAUUUUUGUUUUAAGAAUAAUUAUGUAUGAUAUAGAGCUGCCUAGCAACUAGAAAGGCAAAUUUAGUUUUGAAAAAUUCAUUUUGUCUGUUUACACAGCCUGAAUGGAUGGUAAAUAGUUUCUUUACAUGUGUGAAAAUGGUUAUUAUAUCAUUUUGUAAUCAGCAUUUUUUAUGUAGAGGUGUAAACAGUACAAAACACAAUUUACCCUACAU